AUGGCAGCAUCCGGGGCGCGCGCUCUGGCCCGCAAGCUCCAAGACGGCGUCCAUCACGCGCUCUCGACGUACCCGUCGCCCACGGAUGGCUCGGACCGCGACCUGCGGCGCUUCCUGCACCCUGACGCAGCGCUCGCCGAGUAUGACAGACUGGGGCCUCUGCUGACUCAGGGCCACUGCGACUGGCUCCGCCGCCUCCAGCGGGACCGCGGCGAGGCCCUCGACCGCACCGUUGCCGGGCGCGCGCCACGCGGCGUCGUGCGCGGCAUGGAGUGCGCUGCACUUGCCAACCUGACGGGCGCUGUGCCGAGCGACGGCCCCGAUCCGCUGAUGCUGGCGGCGUGCGCGAGGCUCUGCGUGAUGGGCGCACGGGGCGCGCUGCGCGCGCGGCUCCGGGACGGGGCCUGGGCGGCUCAGGCAGUGCGGCAGGUGCCGUGGCUGGCAGUUGAGGCUGCCGAUGUGGCAACCGAGCACCUGGGGUGUGCUGGGGACGACGGCGCGCCGUGGCGGGACGGCUGCGAAGGGCUGGCGCUCGCCGAAGUUCUGCGGUCCGUCGAGUUGUUUCGGGAGGUCGCGGAGGGGGGAGUGCGGGGGGUGUUGGCUGCAGCGCUGCUGUCAGGGUUCGCGCCGCUUGCACGCGCCCUCGCGCGGCGGGCGGCGGCGGACAGCGCGGCGCAGGAGCUGGCGCAGCAAGCGCUGGGCGCCUGCGAGGAGAUCAUCAGCUGGCUGGCCGCGAGCGGCACACCCCCCUCGAUGUCAGACCUGGCGCUGACUCCAGGCGCGCAGGCGGCCGUGGUGGAGCACCUGUCCGGCCUGCUGCCCCUCAUCGACACGGAGAUCGCGGGCGCGCUGGCCGCUGCGUCGGCGACGCACGGGGCGCACGACGCGGACGCACAGCGGAGGUUUCAAAAGCGAGUGAAUCUUCGUGCGACCGUCCAGGGGCUGAUCGCUGACAGACAUAGCGCUUGGGGGGCGGUUCCCGGGACCACUGGCUGCUUCUGGACGCGGCAGGCGGCGCGACUGCUCGCGAACGGGCGUGCGCCCCGCGAUGGUGCGCGGCCUGUCUCGCCUGGAGCGGUCGGGGGGGGGUCGACGUCGUUGCAGGUCGGGGGUGUUCCGCGCGGGGUGGUCAGGCAGCUGUGGGCGGGGGGACUGCGCGGGGACGGCGGAAAGGACGUGGUGGACUGGCUGGAGGUGCUGGGGGAGUCGGAACAAGAGGUUGUGGGGGGCGUAUUGUUUCACGCGGCCGCGUGGGAUCGCAGUCAGGGCUCGGAGACUUCAUUGCCCGACUACUGCUCAGCACUAUGCGCGGACGCGAUUCCGGAGUCGCACCCUUACUGGUUCGCAGUCGGGAUCGCUCGAUCGAUCGCGCACAAGCACGUCGCGGACUCGAAUGUGCUGCCGGUGCUGCUCGGCAUGGUCGUGGACUGCCUCGAAGCGCCGGCGGCGAGCGUAUCACAGCACGCCGUGCUCGCGUGGUUCCUGCGCAGCGACGGGCCCGGCGCACGCCUCCGCGACGAAGUGCAGGCAUGUGGUCUGUCAGACACACUUCAGCGCGCCCUGACCGGGGUAUGCAACCGCAUGUCCGGCGCGGUGCAGAAGCAGUCCCUUGCGGAGCUCAAGAGCGACCGCGUCGCCUCGGGCGGGCGCGUGGAGGUCGCGUCGCCGAGCAAACAGCACGUCGCAACUUCCGAACAACUGCUGGCGCUCGCCGCGCUCGUGCCGGAACACGCGUUCUCGCGCAUGUUCACGGACGCGACGGUACACGUCGGCAGCAAGAACGCCAUGCUCCGUCAACUGCAGGCCUGGCCGGCGCUCGCGCGCUUUUGCGGACACGCCAGUAGCGAUGCGACGAGCCCGCCGCUCACCCGCGAGGUCGUGCGAGCGCUGCGGGACCAGCGCUCGAAAGACGCGCGGCCGAGCCUGUUGCUGGUCUUGGCAUCGCUGACGCUGCCGAGCGCCGCGCUGGAGCGGGCGUGUCAGGAGCUGCCUGUCAGGAUCGUGUCCGACGGAGCAGACUCCCCCCCGCCGUUCCCCGAGACGUUGCGGCUGCGGCCGACCGCGAUCGGCGGCGACACACUCGUCACGUGCGCCGCGCGAGCGCUGACGCAGGAGGUCGCGUCGGUUGCACGGGGCAUUGCGCAGGGGACGUCUCCCGACCUGACGGCGCUCACGCUGAUCGCGGAGGCCGCCAACCACGCUGCCUACCUCCUCCCAGGCCCACCGUUCUCGGUGCCGUCGGGGUCGCCCCCGCCCGCUUGGCUCAAGAGCGCCGUUUUCCAGAAGGAGAGAACACACAAGCCAUCGGCAGCGUCGCUCGCCGCGGCCUCGGACCUCUUCAAAGCCGCCUUCCCGCUCCUGCGCGCCCGCCUCGCGCCCAGCGAAGACGGCGAAGCGCUUGCGCCUGUCGUCGUCGCGCUGCUCUGCUCAGCGAACGAUGCGUUCCAGGACCUGUGCGGAGCUGUACGCCUCGUGGUCGCGCACGGCUGCCACGGAGCCGCGAACGACGCCUCGACGGACGUGCAGUGGUCGGCGAGCGACGCCCUCGACGCGCUGAUCUUGCACGGGGACGCGUUCGUGGACCAGCAGCGGUGCGCCGCAAGCAGGGAAAGUGCGCGGCUGCUGCGGUGGCCGUGGGAGGGCGCGGGGGACGUCGGAACGUGCGUGACGUUCCUCUGUAUGGAGGCCAUGCGCGCCUGCGACGGUCGAUCGCUCACCCCGCCCCGCGGUGCGGGCGAGAUCGCGGAGGACAGCGCUGCACAAGUCCACCCACACGGCGCCGUGCGGCUCGCGCAGGACGUCGCGGCGCUCUCCUUCGACCGGCUCACGACCGCGUGCGUGCCGGCCCUGGCGUAUCUGAUGCCUCGCCUGACGUCCGGCGAGGCCCGCCGAGCCGCCGCGUCCCUGCGAGAUGUGCUGCACAUGCGCCUCGCGAAACGGCGCGGGUCGACGGGGGAGCCGAGCGCGAUGGCGGCAUGCGCGCGCGAGAUCCUUGGCGCGCAGGCGCACGUCGCGUACGCCCGCUGGAGCGAAGGGAUGGGGCGGCUGCGACGCAGUGUGCCCGCUGCGACCUGCAUGGCCUUCGACGUGGUCUGCUCCGCCGCCGAGACGGCCGCGAGCGGGACACAGGAGGGCGAGGGACGGCUCGCUCUCGCCAGGGCCGCCGACGUCGCGGGCGAGAUGUGGAUCGGCCCGGGACCGAGCUCUCAAGGUGCUGCGCUUGGGCGCGCCAGCGACACGGACUCUCGCGAUCUUGACACCGUUCAGAACGCGGCCGUCCACGUCUUCUGCCUGCGCCGAGCCGUCUCCCUCGCGGGAGUCGCUGGCGCGGAUCGCAGCCGGCACGUGGGCGGCCUGCUGAUGGCGGCAGUGAAUUCGGUCGCAGGGGUGCUGCGGCGCGCCGCAGAGAGGGAAGAGCUCUUUGGUAACAUCCUGGGGGUGCGCCCCAGCCUCUCUGGUGCGGACAAUGCCCCUGCGGAGCUCCCUUCGGCGACGGAGCUGGAAGGGACCGUGCUGGGGUGCGUGGAGCAGGGCAUCGGGGCGUGCCCGCCAGGGGUGCGAGCGAGCGCGGCGCAGGCGCUGGAGGCAGCGACGGUGCAGCUCAGGAAACCGCCACCGGUGCACGGCGCGUGA